AUGAAAACCACUCAACCUCGGGUCGCACUUCCUCCUGUUUUCCGGUCACAAAAACCUGCUAAUGCCAAAACGCGCAAGAAAUCAGCAAAUAAACGGCAGUCUUUUAUCAGCAAGUCUAAUACUGCUGCUGACGGAUCAGUUCCCGGAAUUUAUUCACUGAAAGGCUUGUCUCAGCAGCAAGCGAAUUUCGAAAAAGACUUCUUAUUGAGAGGGAUUUAUCAGAAAUAUUCGCAAAGAAUUCCCGCAGGCGAUUUUGGAAAAUCGUCCAAUUGCGAAGAAUCUUCGGCAUCUCCAUCAGCUGCUGAUGAUGAGAAUGACCAGCAAAAGAAGAGAAGGAGAAGUACUUCGACCAAGAAAUCAAACCGGAAAUUGAGCAGAAAACGGCAGCAACGACCAAAGUACCGCUUGACUCACAUUUACGACCAGCUGAACAAUUCCUCGGCUCCCAUCAGACACGACAUGGACAUUGUGUCUCUCAUAAAGGCGAUCACUGAAGAGAAAGAUCGUGCCAAAUAUCAGCAAAACACGGCUUUCAUUCAAUCCUUGUGGCACAACAUUUUGCAGAUACAUCCUGGUCCCCCUGCCCAAGGGCUAAAAUAUCGGAAAAGAGUGACGAGGCGGCCGAACCCGACGCUGUCGCCCGAGGUCAUGGAAAUGCCCUCGGCCAACAGUUCGCCCAAGAACUGAAGGCCUUAAAGCCGGAGCAAUUUGCACUCUCACGCCCCGCUGUGCAACUGAUGUGCUGGGGAUGCAGAAUGUAUAAUCCCUACUGGCUCUGGAGGAAAGAAGAAAAUAAAAAUAAAAAUACAACAUAUAUA